CUGGAUGGAACUGAAAAGACAGCAGACACGAUAACAUGGUGAACAAGAAAUAAAGGCUGAAGGGUGCUUUACAGAGGGCCGAGGCUUAGAGAUAAAAGAUCAAUCUGUGCUGAGAAAGAGUUGCUGCUGCAUCCAAUAGUCAUCACCAUUAUCUGAGACACAAUGGUGGAGCCUUGUGAGGAGGACCUGGCAGGCCCUGAGUCCAGUAUUCCACAGCUCAAUCCCUUGGGCUCCUAUCAGUGGAAAGGCCAAAAUCGCAGUGUGUGGAACAGGUUCCAAGACUGGAGAACCUCAUUUAGUACCCAGCAUAAGCCAUCCACGAAAAAGCAGUUACGUCUCUUUAAGAAGUCAAAGCCGUCCAGUGAAUCCAAAUCGGGGAGCUUUGCACGUUACCUGGGUUCAAUCUCGCUGCCACAGAAAAGGAGGAAGAAGAACAUCACUGAGUCGUUUGAGGUGACUGAGGAGCGACCGACCAUACCUCCUCCCACCUGCACGCCUGAUGUUCCUGUAUGGGAUGUGUCAAACUUCUCCCUUGUAGAUGGCUGUCUUGUGAGGACGAAAGGAGAGGAGCAGGAUGCAUAUCGCACCCGGAGUCGUGCUGGCAGUUGUGUGUCCAAUGCCGAUGCAGUGCUUGCAGACAGAGCAGAGGCAGAUCCUAAUGCUGAUGGAAAUGCAGAUAUUGAUUCAAAGAAUCAGGAUGCACCGGGGUUGAUUUCGAAAAGGAAAAAGAAGCACAAGAAAAAGACAAGUUCUUCACCACUUCAACCAGAUGAGAGGAGUUUGCACGGGUCCCAUGAGUCCCUGGGUUGUGUAGAAAUUCUUGACCUGACUACCGAGAGCGAUGUCAUUAUACGGGCUCUACACAGCAGUAUUCUGGGGGAGCAGUUCUGCUUUGAGGUCAUCACCUCCACAAGCAGCCGCUGUUUUGGAUGUUCCUCGGUUCUGGAGCGAGACCGGUGGAUUGAAAAUCUGCGCAGAAUUGUGCAGCCUGAUAAGGAUAAUUUUGAGCGUGAAGAGUCCUCUCUCAGUCUGUGGAUCCAUGAAGCCAAAGGUCUUCCCAAUUCAGGUCCUGGCUCUCGAGCCCUUUACUUCUGUGAGGUCCAUAUUGAUGGUUCUCUUUAUGGCCGAACCUCAAGCAAAGCACCCGAGUCUGGAGUGGUAUUCUGGGGGGAGAGCUUUAACUUGAAAGACUUGCCGUCUUCUUCUGGUCACGUUGCCCUCCAUCUUCUCCGAGAAGGAAAAGAAGCCACUGGUGUGGGAACUGUAACACUGGUUUUGGAAGGGAUGAGGGAUGGGGUGGAGAGAUGGGUGCCUCUUGGUGGAGAUGUGACACUCAGACUAAGAGGCAGGUACAGGAAGCUCUGUGUUCUUCCUCUGGUGCAGUACAAGGAAUUUGCAGAGUACCUUGCCUGGAAGUACCUCAAGCUAAGCCGAGCAAUGGAGCCCAUUCUGAGUGCACGGGAGAAAGAAGAGCUUGGGAGAACACUGAUCUAUGUCCUUCAGAGUACUGGCCAGGCCAAGGAGUUCCUGGUGGACCUUGGUACAGCUGAGAUCACACGUUAUGACUUCCAAGAAUCAUUAAUAUUCCGUGAAAACACUAUUGUUACCAAGGCCAUAGAAGAGUACAUGAAAAUGGUGGGACAGACGUAUCUCCAAGAGACCCUUGGACCUUUUGUCUCUCGUAUAUAUGCCUCAACAGACAGUCAUGAGGUGGAUCCUCUGCGCUGUUCCCCAGAAGAGCUAAAUGAGAACAAGGAGCAUCUGUGGCAGAGCUGCGAAGAAGCUGUGCAAAGUAUUCUAGAGUCACAAAGCUCUUUUCCUCCAGAGCUCCUGGCUGUGUUCUCAAGCUGGCAGGAGAAAGUAACUAUGUGUAGCAGACCAGAGUUGGGUUCUCAGAUGGUCAGCGCUUGCCUCUUCUUGCGGUUCCUGUGUCCUGCUAUCCUCUCCCCGGGGCUCUUCCACCUCUCUCCUGAACAUCCCAACCCCCUUGCCGCACGCGCUUUGACCCUGGUCGCCAAAGUCCUGCAAAACCUUGCAAACUUUACAAGGUUCGGAGAGAAGGAAGACUACAUGGCAUUCAUGAAUGGCUUCCUGGAGCAGUACUGGGAUGGGAUGUCGGUCUUUCUGCAGACAGUCACCGAUCCAGACAGUGAGGUGUCCCCAGCUGGAUAUGAAGGCAGCAUCGAUCUGGCUUAUGAACUUGCUACACUUCACUACAUGCUAUGUGGGAUCUUCAAAGGAGUCCAUCAGCAAACCAAAGAUCAACUGGAGCCAUUACCUACAAUCCUCAAGGCACUAGCAGAAGGUCUUCCUGUCCCAGAAGGCAUCAGUCAGCAUCAGAGGUACUCCCACAGCCAGGAAGAUAGUGAAGAGCCAGAGUUCAUGCUUCCCAAGGACAUGAGAAACUUCCGCCCCCUUGUGAAGAAGUGCCAGUCGCUCAGCAGCCUGAUGAGGGAACAAAUGGUACCACUGCCGAGGAUUGAGGAGAGGGAGAAGAAGAGUAGACGCCAUGUGACCCGCACACAGAGUGUUCCUGCACAGAGCAGACCGGGACGAGAGCGCAGGACGAGGGCCGAGGCUAGCUCCGUGGCCGGAAAAGAUCAAGAGGAAAACACAAACACAUUAAAGGUAUCAAAAAGAAUAACACCUUCGCGACCAUCAUCCACUCUCCCCAGGAGAAAGUCCACCGUCCCGUGGUGCCGGGAUGAGGACCACCAUCUGAUUGAACUGAAGAACGAAGAAGGAGAAGGCCAGGAGAGGCAUCUGCAGGAGAUGAGGGGGCAGAUUGCUGAGAACCUGGACAAGCAGAAGGACCUGGAGGGGCAGAUUCUGAUCAUGGCAGAGAAGAUGCAGGAAGUCACCAGCCAGCUGGCCGCAAUGGAGGCGACGUGCCGGGCGUUACAGGCCGAGAUGACCGAACAGACGGGCAGAAUGCAGAAGAGGAUUGACGUCUUGGAGAAGAAUUCUGCAGAGAAGUCACAAAAAUGGAAAAAUGAAGAGCAGAAAGCAGUUCUGGAGAACCAUCUGUCAUCUCUCAAGAAGAAGAACCGCUGGAAGAGAAAUGAAAUCACCGCAAACCCGCACAGGGAGGAGGAGAACAAGAUGGGGAACGACUGUGAAAGCACCGCUAUCGUUCUGGAAUGUGCUAUGACAGAUGACUCGGAUUCUGCUUAG